GGCCGUUCGAGCGCCAUGGCGGGAGCGGCAGGGCCCGGGCCUGGCCCCGAGCCCGAGCCGACCCCGGGGCCCCGGCCCCGGGAAUGGCCGGACCGCGCGGGCAGCGGGGCCGGGACACGGCGGGCUGCGAGCGGGGCAUCGGCCACGAGCCAGAGGAGCCCCGAGAGAGGCGCCGCGGGGAGCCAGGGCUGGCGGAGCGGCAGCAGUGCCCUGUACUUGUCUUCCAGCAGCGAUGAUGAAUUUGAAAUGUUUUUAGCUAGACUGAAAACUCCCAAGUCUGUUCCUAAAAAGGCAGAUACAAGUUUGAAAGACUUCAUUGAUGACUCAGAUGAUUUCUUCUUGGACUUGAAGGUGAAAAAGAGUACAACCAAGAGUGCACGGAAAGAUCUUCAGACCCCGAAAAAGCUGAUGACUCCUGGAAAGAGAAACACUUGCUGCCAAGAAUUGCAGUAUCCAGACACUUCAAGUGACACUGAAGAUUCUGUCUUUGUAGACAGUCCAUGGCAUAACCACCAAAAAAAAGGAGUGAAAGACUUGAGGGAGAGUCAGAAGUGCAUAAAUCUUUCACCUCCACAAAAUCAGAACGAGUCAGUUUUCAAAGGCAGUCCAGAUUUGCUUGUUAGAAGGAAAGAAAGAAGCUGUGAAGAUACAGAAAAUAAAUUGCCAACUGUGGCCCUAGGACGUAGUGCAGGGGUGGAAUCAGAUAGCUCAGAUGAGAGUUUUGGAUCUUUAAUGGAACGGAUAAAGAAGCGAAGUCUGCCCCGCAAACCAGUCUUAAGCACAAGUAAAACUGUCUUCCAGCCAAGCACGACAGAAAACGUCAAGCCACCCUGCAAAAAUGCACAGCCUGUGAAAGGGGAGGGAGGCAAGACACCAAAGCCAAAAUCCAUUUCACUUCAAGAAACACCUUCCAUGGUAACGACUCCAAAGCCAAAGACACCAAAGCCAAAAUCCAUUUCACUUCAAGAAACACCUUCCAUGGUAACGACUCCUGCAAGAAUUUCUGAGAAUGAAUCUGUCAGUUGCUCACAGUCAGCAAAGACAGAGAAAAGGUUCAGGGUAUGUUCAGUGCCUGAUUGUUUCUUGCAAGAUCUUUCAAAUCCAGCCUCCCACUAUGUGAAGUAUUUCAAGAAAAAUAAAGAGGAGCUGGCCCAGAAGCUCUACAGGCUGUUUAAUAGUACUAUCUUUGAGCAGAAGUUACCAGAGGACAUGGUGAUAAUCUGGAAUAAGAAAAUGAGGAAAACAGCGGGGUACUGUGUAACGGGACAGAGGGGAGGCCCUGAAGGGAAGCGUUACGCUCGCAUUGAACUCUCUGAGAAAGUCUGUGACUCUGCAGAUCGCCUCCGGGACACGCUGAUCCACGAGGUUUGCCACGCAGCCACCUGGCUCAUCAGCGGCGUGCGGGACGGGCACGGGCGCUUCUGGAGGUUCUAUGCCAACAAAGCAGCUGUGAUUCAUCCAGAGCUGCCAGUGGUGACACGGUGCCACAGCUAUGAGAUCAAUUACAAAUUCACCUAUGAGUGUGGUCGCUGCAAAGCUACGAUCGGGCGGCACUCGCGCUCCCUGGACACGGCACGGUUCGUCUGCGCCUUCUGCGGGGGGCAGCUGGCCCUCAGGCAGCCCCCGGCCAGGGGGGGCACCCCUGCCAGGACACAGCUCACACCCUUUGCUAAGUAUGUCAAGGAAAACUAUGCACUUGCUAAGAGGGAGCAGCAUGGGCUGAGUCAUGCAGAGGUCAUGAAGAAACUCAGUGCUGAUUUUGCUGUGAAAACCAAGCUGGAAGAUUCCUUCUAAUAUCUCAAUAUACCUCCUUUCUUGGUGCUACUUAAAUUUUGUAUAGAGAGUAGUAAAAGUUCUGAGCAGCACUUACACAUAGCAUGUCUUCAGUGACUCCAGUGAGUAAGGGAUUUACUGUUUCAUCUGGGCAGCUGAUAUGCUGUAGACUCUAUGUGUGUGCUGAAGAACUGCUCUGUGUGCAUCUGUCUGGGAUUGCCAGAGGCAAGAAAGUCCAGGCCCACCAGCCUAAGCCCUCUGACUCUGAAUGACUCCAAGGCAGGAAAAGGGGCAGACCUGAGUUGGGCUUCAACAUGGCUUCAUAUAUUCUCCCAUGUAGACUUUCCUGCGAGAUCCUUGGCUGGUUUUGUUAAAAUUAAGUGGUAGAUAGAUGGUGCCUUACAUCCAUUAACAGAAUAUGUGAAUUUCUCCCAAGCCCUUUAACCUUCAAUCAGUAGUGUACCUCUAUUAUUGAGAUUUCAUAGAAACUAAAAUAGAUGCAGAAGGUCAGGGUGGGGAGAGCAGAUUCAAACACUUUCCCCAAGGAUGAGUAGGGCUUAUCAUGGCUUAAGUCUUUUGUAUAAAAUGCAACAAUGUGUGUUAUAGUGAUUGUGUCUUCUGUAAGCAAAUUGCUCAGGGGAUGAAUAAUUUUGAUAAGCAAUAAAUGCCAGUUUAAUACAGA